AUGGAAUAUUUUGAGCGGUUGAGAAGCAGACUGCUACUAUCGCGCGAAAUUCUAGAAGUUGCGACGAUCUUAGGUGUUAUUUCAGCUCAUCGAUGGGCCAGUGUCGGUUACUUGGCUUUUGACACAUCUGGAUCACUUUUAUGCACCGCUUGCACACAAGGUCACGCCUUCCAUGUUUUCCGCAUAUCUAACCAUCCACGGGAUCCUCGCGAAACCGCUGUUCACCAUCUCUACACCCUCAACCGGGGUUCUACACCAUGCGAGGUGGUUGACGCUUGCUUCGCUCCGGACUCCCGUUGGUUGGCAGUGAGUAGCAACCACGGUACCACCCAUGUCUUUCCAAUCACUCCUUACGGCGGUCCCAUCACCGUGCGAACCCACACUCGCUCGAGGGUUGUGAAUCGGACCUCUCGAUACCAUCGAUCCUCAGGUCUGGAGGAGCAUCACUUGACUCGACCUCAACUCUCGCGGUGUGCUGAACCAAAUACCACUGUCUCCUCUGCUCCAACAGUGGUGUCAAAUUCCUCGUUGACCUCGCCGAAUCCAUUGUCUGGUGGCGUAUCGGCGACCUCAACAUCGGUUGGAGGUGAUGUGAACAGGAUCUCGGGAUGCAGAGCAGCGGCGACGGCUGGGGCUCUGGGAUUUGUUGAUCCUUCUCCGAUAUGUCGGGGAAGAUUUGUCAGUGGAGAUGGCGGAUUGAGCCCGAGAGACUCACCAACUAAAGGUGUGUAUCUUGUUAUUGUUAUAGUUAUUAUGGCGGAAAUCGUUCUAAUUCAUCAUCAUCAUCGUCGUCGUCGUAGUUGUGCCUAUCUGCGCAUUUUCAAUUUGCGCCUACCAGAUGUGAUAUCGAACCUAGAGGAGGAGGAAGUCCUGUAA